AUGGAUCUGAAUGCCGAUGUCGACACCGGCACCACUUUCAAACGUCGUCGAGCAACGUUGACCAAGAAUCCUCCUCCCUCCGCCUUCCCCUUUGCUCACUCACUUCGCAAACCUCAAUCCACCGCGAUCCUCCAGCGUGCGCCCUCAGCUCCUCAAGUACGCAGUCAAGCGACCUCACAGUCGAACCGCGACUUCCACCACCGAACCCAGUCCUCCGCCUUCGACUCCUCGACCUCGUCCCUCGAUCACCUCAGCAGAGAUCACUCCCCCGUCUUUCCAUCCUCUGACUCCUUCGCAACCGCUGCCAACAACCGUCAAUCACCUCUCACCUCUACUUCCGCGUCUCAGGCCUCAGAUGCCCGGCACAACGACUUGAUCGGCGCGCCCUUCGAUGCCUCAGGUCUCCUCUCAUCCUUCCAAGCCGUCACCACGAAUGAGAAAUACAAUACCGGUGUGCAGUCGCCGCAACCUCCUCCACUAAAUCACGUCAAUACCAGCCCCGAUCUACGCCAACACCCGUUGCGAACCUCACAGACGUUUGGCCCUGGAGGCCUUGCGAUGAUGGAAGUCACUCCUCCCAAGUCGGAGAACGGUAUUCUGAGUCCCAAGCGGUUCUCAGGUGAUGGACAGGCGAAACCUGCAGGACCGUUUCGCAAGAAGAGCGGCUUCUCAAGCUUCGUCAAUAAUAUGCUCGGCUCUCCCAGGACGAUCAAGAUCUCCGCGCCCGAAAACCCCUUGCACAUUACUCAUGUUGGUUACGACAAUCAGACUGGGCAGUUUACGGGACUCCCUGCGGACUGGCAGAGGAUACUAUCUGACAGCGGAAUUCCGAAGACUGAGCAGGAACAGAACCCUCAAAUGAUGGUGGACAUUGUCGAGACUUACAGAAGCAACUUUGACGGCACAGAUGAUGGCGUCUGGCAGAAAUUCGACCAUGCAAAGCUUUCCAACUCUCCUCAGAGUAGCAGCAACAGCAGCAGCCAUCAGGGACCAGGGCUGACUAGUCCGAGCAUUGGAUCCAACUCCACUGCGUAUUCGCCAAUGGUUGGAGUAAUGUCGCCUCCGGCAAGUCCUCGUUUCCCGCAAAAUCAUGAAGGCAGCUUCGAAAAUCCUCGAGCACCACCUCCGAUCCCAAAAGCUCCUGUGACAAGUCCUGCGCCUGCAAUGAGAUCUGGUCAAGCUAUCAUGAUGCCGAACCGAGCCCCUCCAAGACCUCCUCAGCAACACUUGCGAGACCUCGCACCGGCACGUCCUGCUCCCUCCCCUCCUGUUACGCGAGAUCUGCCGUUGCGACCAUCAGAAGAACACCCGAAACAGCCACCCUUGACAUCUUCAACUCCGGUCUUACCACCAACCCCUGGGGAUGCAGCACGUAGUCGGGCCAAUUCCAAAAGCUCGGCGCUUACGCCUCCUCGUUCGCAGGCAGCGGUUCAGUCGCCAGUUCAAUACCAGCAGCAGCAGGAGCAUGCGAUGAUGUUGGCCCAACAAGCCAUCCAGAGCAAGCAGCUUGACCGUAGUCGGAGUCAGCGGCAGGCUGCGCAAGGUGCGCCCGACGUUCCACCCAAGAUGUUGCCUCAGCACGCCAGUCCGAACGUCCCACAAACACAGUUUACCGCUGUCACAGACUCGCCGGCUUUGCACGGUACACAGCAGAUGGCCAUGGUUGGACCUGCGCCAGGUCCCAGACCUCGGACGAGGCGGCAGCAGAGCACCAUGGUUGAUAUCACAGCAAGACUGAAAGCGAUUUGUAGCCCGGGAGACCCCACCACAAAGUACACCAACCUCAACAAGAUUGGGCAGGGCGCUUCAGGAGGCGUGUUCACCGCCUAUGAGACUGGCACAAAGAGAUGUGUUGCGAUCAAGCAGAUGAACCUGGAACAACAACCAAAGAAGGACCUCAUUAUCAACGAGAUCCUUGUCAUGAAAGACAGCAAGCACAAGAACAUCGUCAACUUCAUAGACAGUUACUUACACAAUGGUGAUUUGUGGGUGGUCAUGGAAUAUAUGCAAGGGGGCAGUCUCACGGACGUGGUGACCUUUAACGUUAUGAGCGAAAGUCAAAUCGCAGCCGUGUGCAGAGAGGCAAGUGGUUUCAUGAUGACGCUGAUGACACUUCAUCUGCAUUCCAAGAACGUGAUCCACCGAGACAUCAAAUCCGACAACAUCCUGCUCUCGGAACGAGGCGACAUCAAGCUCACUGACUUUGGCUUUUGUGCACAAAUCAAUGACACCCAGAACAAGCGCACGACAAUGGUGGGGACGCCAUAUUGGAUGGCUCCGGAAGUGGUCACCCGGAAAGAGUACGGUCGAAAGGUAGACAUUUGGAGCCUAGGUAUCAUGGCCAUCGAAAUGAUCGAGGGAGAGCCGCCUUACUUGACAGAGUCACCACUGCGAGCGUUGUACCUGAUUGCUAAGUACGGAACGCCUCGUAUCAAGGAUGAGCAAGCGCUCUCACCAGUCUUCCGAGACUUUCUGCAUUUCGCUCUGAGGGUGGAACCUGAGAAGCGAGCAAGCGCACAUGAUCUGCUACACCAUCCUUUCCUUCAAAACUGCGCUCCGUUGGCUAGCCUUGCUCCUCUUGUUCAGUCGGCCCGAGAGAGCCGAGCUGCGGAAAAGGCCAAUCGGGGGCAUUAG